AUGUCGAAGUUUGUUAUAAGCUGUAUUUUUUUCUUGGCUGUGGCGCACGCGCAGAAGUGUCCAAAGGUGGAUUUACUUGAAAACUUUGAUUUGAGCAAGUACGCCCAAGGCGCGUGGUACGAGAUAGCGAGAUACAACAACUCGGUGGAGCGGUACGGGAACUGCGUCGUCAGCAACUAUACGAGGAGCGACAACGAUUACGUCAUCGAGGUGACGGAGAUACAGGACGGCAAGAAGAUCGUGUACGACGGCAUCGUGGAUGUGUCCACCGAUGAACAUCGGAAGGGGAAUAUCACUUAUAUCUUCCUGGAUAACAACAUAACGUACAGGUACUCGAUGAUCUUUCUCUCCGUGGACUACGACAGCUACGCUCUGAAGUACUCUUGCCAAUACGACCCCAAUACAAAAAGCUCUCUCGUGUUCGCCUGGAUUUACUCCAAAACGCCGAAGCUGUCAGACAGCGCCAAGGCCACCAUCGACAGCUACCUUGCCACCUCCAAGCUCCUCGACAGGUCCAAGUUCUACUGGGACGCCUUCAGCGACGACGCGUGCAGGUUCAACACGACAUCCAUUGACCGAACGCUGCCGAGUAGAAUGAAAAACUAGUUUGGCGUUGUU